AUGAAUUUGGAUAAACUCGAAUUCGCUCAAGAACAAUCCAGGAACAAAGCUGACGGCUUCGUGACAGACGGAAAGACGCGGUUACCUAAACCGAACGAAUUCCACUACCGAUGUAAUUAUCUUUACAGGGCAGCUAGUCUACUCUGCUCACAAUCAUCUGGCAACAGUGGGCUGGAAACGCUUAGCAAACUUUAUCUUCGUGAAAUGAAAGAAUUGUGUUCAGUUGAAAUGAUACGAUUAGAAAAAGAUUUCGGUCGUACGAUCUGUAAGCGCUGCAAGAAUAUUUUUAUUGCUCGCCUCGAUGGCACCCAGUCGAUUACCGUAAGACUCAAUAAAAAAAAGGAAAUGGUAAGGACAUGUCUCAGCUGUGGGGCUAAAAAGCGUUUCUUGAGAAACAGUAAGUACCUCUCUCGAAAUGAACGAGAUCAACAUCAGACAGAAACUGAAAAGCAACAACAGGAAGUGUCGGCUGAAGAAGUCCAUCAGGCAUUCUUUAGCAGAGAAUAA